AUGGGCUCCGAGAACGACUCCGUAGACAUACCGACAGGAUGCUCUCUCGAGAAUGCCGAAGUUCAUAUGACGGGCAAGAGAAGGAAUUAUUUAUUUCUCCGCUUUAUCCGCUCCGUGUUAAAAUGGCUUCCCGAGGAACGAAAGACUGCACUUACGUCGUACCGAAGGUGUAACAACAGUGACCCAGGCCCGGCCAGGUUGAAGAGAAACGCUGGCCCAGACGAGUGGCUUGAAGCAGCAAAAGAUUGCAAAUAUCUCUCAGAACAUCAUAUGAAGCAGCUAUGUGAGAUUGUCAAGGAAUUCAUGAUGGAAGAGUCAAACAUCCAGCCGGUUUCCGCCCCAGUAACAAUAUGCGGCGAUAUUCACGGCCAAUUCUAUGACCUACUCGAGCUUUUCCGCGUUGCAGGCGGCAUGCCGAAUGACAGCAAUAUUGAAUCUCCAACGGCCCCACCAACUAUUAUCACGUCAGAUAAUAUCGAGCCACCAUCCUCCAUCACAGAUCCGAAAUUAAGGAAGAAGAUCAGGCAAAAUGUCGACGGCGCGAAUACUGGCGACGCAGAUGAGAGCGGACCUUCUUCUCCCCCAGAUGAUAAGUCAGGGGACACAUCACAAUUGAACAGCAUGCCCAGCGGGAAUUUUAUAUUUUUGGGGGACUACGUGGAUAGAGGAUAUUUUAGUUUGGAGACGUUGACCUUAUUGCUUUGUUUAAAGGCCAAGUUCCCAGACAAAAUUACGCUCGUCCGGGGCAACCACGAAUCACGGCAGAUCACUCAAGUUUACGGAUUUUACGAAGAAUGUUUUCAGAAAUAUGGCAACGCCUCCGUAUGGAAAGCCUGCUGCCAGGUGUUUGAUUUUAUGACCCUCGGGGCCAUAGUGGAUGGGAAGGUACUCUGCGUACAUGGCGGCCUAAGUCCAGAGAUUCGCACGCUGGACCAGGUGCGCGUUGUUGCCAGGGCCCAAGAGAUCCCACAUGAAGGUGCCUUCUGCGAUCUCGUCUGGUCGGACCCGGACGACGUAGAGACGUGGGCGGUGAGCCCAAGGGGCGCUGGCUGGUUAUUUGGUGACAAAGUAGCGGAGGAAUUUUGCCAAGUGAAUGACCUAACGCUGAUAGCGCGCGCCCACCAGCUCGUAAAUGAGGGCUACAAAUAUCACUUCCAGAAGCAGAACGUGGUGACCGUAUGGAGCGCGCCGAAUUACUGCUACCGGUGUGGUAACAUGGCAUCAGUGUGCGAAAUACGCGAGGACCUGAAGCCGAUGUUCAAACUAUUUUCGGAGGUGCCGGACGAUAUGAGACAUGUGCCCAAUGUGAGGCCCGGGAAGAGUGAGUAUUUCUUGUAG